UAAUGCAACUCUCUCUCUCUCUCCCAGCCUCCUCAAGUCCUCGCCGUGGCAAUACAAAAUGACGAUUCACGUUCCCGCACCACUUCCCAUUUUUUUUCUCUUUCUUUUUUCCCAGCAUCUUCUUCUUCGCACAGAGAGAGAGAGGGGUGCCUUCUUUUGCGGGUCAUGUCCUUUCUCUUCUUUUUAGUUCCCGUUCGAAAACCAAACUAGACCCGCCCAUCCUUCCUUCCUUCCUCUUCAACUCUCUCGAGAAAGUGAGAACCAGCAAAGAGUCACUGAACCCCUUUUUCCGUUGCUUACUUAUGCCCCCAUCUCUUCUUCUUCGAGAAGCAGCUAAAAAACCUCAAAGUCCCUUCCUUUUUCUCUCUUUAUUCGUUGCUUGUUGCUUACCCCCAGAUCUGCAGAGAAACCGAGCCAGACCCAAGAACGGAAAAUGGAGAAAACCCAUCAUUCCCCUGCAGAGUCCAGCGCCGCUAGCUCCAACUCCGACCACUACCUCAAGCACGUCAACAAGCUCUCCCACAAGAUCUCCAAGCCCCCCCUCAAGAAACACCCUCUGGACUCGCUCCCCGAUCAACCCGAUCAGCCCCUGGCUCAGGGUCCAGCCGUGGUCAACCAGAACCAGCCGGUGCAACUUCAAGCGCCACCGCCUCCGCCUCCGCCCCAGGCUCAGCCGCCGCAGCAGCCGCCGGUGUACAACAUCAACAAGAACGACUUCCGCGACGUCGUCCAGAAGCUCACUGGCUCGACCGCCCACGACCGAGCCCCCACUCCGCCGCCGCCGCCGCCGCCGCAGCAACCGCCGGUUCAAGCUCCGAAGCCGCCGAGCUCUCGCCUACAUCGGAUCCGACCUCCGCCCCUCGCGCAGCUCAUCAACCGUCCCAACGGCCUCGUGACGCAGCAGCAGCAGCAGCAGUCGGCCAUGCUAAAUCCUAACAUCUUUCACCCCAUGAACUCCUUGAACGCGACUAUUAACCCUAACCACGUCAUUAGCUCCGGCUUCAACCCUAUGGGAAGACCAGUAGCCCCCCUAUCGCCACUGCCGCCGCUCCCGUCCGUACAUGCGGCGGCGGAAUCGCCCGUGUCCGCCUACAUGCGGCGCCUCCAAAGCUCGAUGGCCGCCGUGGAUCCCAGGCUCGAUCAGUUCACCGGAUUCGGCCCGCUCGCUCCCCUGGCCUCGCCCCGGUGGAGCAAUUUGGCUCCUCCUCCUCCGCCGCCGCCGCCGCAGCAGCAACGGGUGGCGGCUUCUGGCCAGGAUUCGAUCCCUCCUCCGCCCGAACAAGCUGCACAGUCGCAGCUUCCGCCGUCCUCGCCGAUGCCAUUCGGGUGCUUGAAUUCGCCGCGGUCGGCCUACCCUCCACUCUCACCGGGGUUCCUGUUCUCGCCGACGUCGGGGCAGCUGGGAUUUCCGCAGCUCCCCGUGUCUCCUACGGUGUCCGUGCCGAGCCCCACAGACAGGGGACGUUAGUUACGGGCGUGGUUUGAGGUUAGAGGUUAGAGGUUAAGCUGUCACAGGGCAGAAGAUUACCAAAGUUCCUGUUUUUUAAGUGGGGGGAGGUGUACAUUGUCCGGAGGAUAGGGAGGUUAAUUUCAUAUACGCUUUGUUGAUUUUGGUGCGAAUUUGGCUGAUGCUAGUGAAGUUAAAAAAAAAAAAAAAAAAGGAGUGCGUGUGAAACGGACAUCAAUACAGUAUGUAAACUGAAGCAAGAAGUGUUUCUUGGUUUCUUUGUUAAUUCGAAAGCGAUUAUCCUCUGAACUUACCAUUAGGCAUUUACCUCCUUUUAAUGGUCUCUGUUACACACCUUAAACGAGACGAGACACAUGGGUGCGCAUAGGAAUCACUUUUCCUUUCGUCGGAUGUGAAGUACGGUGCGACUACGGCCCUCCAACGCAAGUUUGCCGUCAGUGCCUUCGAAAGGUGAGCCUUUCUCAAUAAUGUGGGACUCUCUCUUGCUUUGUGCAGACACCGCAACCAAAGAAGUGAAUUAUUGUCUGGUGUGUAGUGGCCGCUUUAUGGGUUGAAAGGACCAUAUUUCAUUUGGGCAAAUGGGCAUAUCCUUACUUUGUCGUUCUUUAUGAAGACUAGAGUCAAAAGACGCGAUCUUGCUUUGGGUCUUUCCGAGCAAUCAAAGUUGAGAUGACUACCACCUUUAUUGUUUAGUAGACCCGCCGGUUUCUAUCGGCCUUGCAGGUGAAGGAAGACCUCCGGCCGGGCGU